ACCAACCGAAAAUAAUCAUUACUGGUGCGCAGUUGUUGUUUCCAUAGACGUGUCAAUUGUUUGUCUAAUUGCGCCAGCAGCAGCAAAACGACUCCAAAACACACAUGCGCAUUCCAGCGCACAAAUAUCCCACCCACGGAAAUCGCAAUACCAUCGCCCCAGCAACGCGGAGGAGGGGGUGGACUCCACUUUUCCAGUGAGAAAGCGAACGUACGCAUACGAGAAUCCGAAUCUGAGAAUCCCCAAUCCCCGAGUCCAAGAGAGCGCAGACGACACUCCAGCUCGGUAUUUGAGCCAUCGACAUUCCGCUGCUCCGUCAGUUUUCAGAGGACCUUCGAAGUAGGCAGCCGAAAAUCCAAAAGUCUCCUGGCAGCGAACGGAAAACCAAAGAGAAAAAAAAAAUAAGAAAAGCAAAAUCUAGUUGGCAGAGAAAAGCUCAAGUGGUAAUUGGCUGCGACUCAAAUUACUUUAGUUGUGCAAAUAGCGAAUAGCUAUAAACCCAAAAGAAAAGAAACUCGAGCGUGGCGUGUGUCCAUGUGGAAAAUCGAUCGAAUCGCAGAGUAUUUAUCGUGUAAUUGUGCCCAAUAGCCACGCAAUUCCCAGUCCGUUUUAUUGAUUUUCCCCACCGCCUCGCCAAGCAGCAAUAAAAAGCAUUCUUUUCCCUUCCAUCUCGACCAUCUGGCCAACGCAAUUGCAGCGUGCAAAAUUCAAAUUUCAAGUUAAAUGCGAGAAUUUACAUAACGCCGAGCGUUGAAAGUGAAACUUCUGUGGUGCGAACGAAACACUGAAAGAAAGGAAAACCCAUUACAGGACAUUCUAUCUGCCUCUGCCCAGUGUAGUAAAAGUUGGAGCGCCAGGAGCGGGAGAGCAGUGGAAAACCGUGAGAACCGCGAGAGCAAGAGAGCCUAGAGAGCGUUGAACGUGCGCACGUCUUCCUGGUCAGGACACACCACCAAUCCUUGAGAGAAACAGCAGGAGCCAACAUGUUUUCGGGCCUAACAAAUCAAUUCACCUCGCUGGUGGGCGCCGUUAAAGGAGGCGCUGGCGACGAGGAUGUGCCCGCGCCCACUGGAGAUGCGCCCGCAGCCGCUCCAGCAGCAUCCACAUCCGUGGAGGCCACGGCCUCCUCCGCCGUGGACCCGGAGGCAGCUGCCGCCGCCGGUGGCGAAGGACUCGAGGGCGAGGAAGCUGGCAAAAGACUUCCCAAAUCCGCCUCCCUGGUUGAUUCAUUAGUAUCCGAAGCCACCGGAUGGCUGGGCAGUGCCAAGGGUUGGCUGGGAAACGCCUCGAUACCGUCGAUGCCAGCCAUGCCGUCGAUGCCAUCGAUGCCGACCAUGCCAGCGAUGCCAUCGAUACCAUCGAUCCCGGGACUCCGCAAGGGCGCAGGAGCCGAUGGAGCCGAGGGCGCCGAGGGAGCUGUCGCCGGAGAGGGCGGAGCCGCCGCCAGUGGAGCCGUGAGUGGUGGCGAGGAUGACGACAAGUCGAGGUAUAUUAGCGCCACGGAGGGCGCCGACUCGCAUCCUGCAUCGGGCGGUGGCACGCCCACCGGCGACGAGGGUCAAAUCGGACAGGGUAAGGGCGAUGAAGUCAAAAUUACCACAAAAGUAACACAGCAGGCCAAACACUUUGGGUCCUUCUUGUCAUCGGCCAUCAGCAAGGCUGGCAGCAAAAUCAAGGAAACUGUCAAGGAUAAUACCAUUCUCGACUCGUUCAACAAGGAGCAGGAAGCCUUCAUCAAGGGCCAGGGCGGCGUGGGCAAUGGAGCAGCCCCCUGGAUCGGACACGCCAACGAGGCCAAGAUCAAGGAGGAAAUCCUUGGCCUGUCGCAGGAUCGCCGCAACUUCGUGCGCGCCCCGCCCGCCGGCGUGGACUUUGAAUUUAGCUACGACACCGCCUAUCCUACGGCCAUAGCCAUUAUGGCCGAAGACAAGGCGCUCGAGACGAUGCGAUUCGAGCUGGUGCCCAAGAUCAUCACUGAAGAGAACUUCUGGCGGAAUUACUUCUACCGCGUCUCACUGAUCAUCCAGGCCGCCGAGUUGGGCACUCUGGGCGCCGAUGGCGUGGGUCAGGCCUCAAGCGGCGAAGAUGCCAACGAAGUGGCCACUAAAGAAAAGAAAUCCAAGACUGCCGAACCAGCCAAGGGCGAUUCGAGUGUGAAAGCCAUUGCCGAGCAGCCGAAGGCCGUGAUUGAGCCGGAGGCGCAGGAGUGCGAUGUCCAGGCAGCCAAGUCAAAGGCAAAGGCUCAAGCCGGCAAAGAGCUGGGCCAGAAGAUCUCCGAAUCGGAAUUCGUUUCGGAUGACUUCCAGGCCUCGAGCGAAUCGGACUUGGCUGAGAUCCAAGACGGCAUGCGCAAAUUGGGCAUCGACAGCAUGACCCAGCAGGCAUUAGCUCCGACUGAUGAGGAACAAUGGGAAAAGGAUCUGGAAGCUGAACUCAAGGACUACGAGGUGGUUGACGAAGGCGGCACUGGCGGCGGGGGACGCAGAAAGGGCAGGAAGGCCGGCGAGGACGACACGGAGGCGGAUGAGGACGAACCGACAAUAUCAAACUUGCGCACACGCUCGACUAACAACGAUUGGGAGGAGUACGCCGAUUUAAUUGAGGAUACCGAUGAUUUAAAGUAAUUAAGAGCUUAUAUCGUAGUUUCUUCUAAGUUGGCUCUAAGUUUAUAACUAUCUUUACUUUAUCUUUCUUUCCAUUCCUCUCCAACCUUGUUUCCUCCUUAAUUGAUUACCCUAAUAUUGUUAACCCAAACCCAAAAACAAACCCGAAUCCAAAUCCAAACAAAAUACAAAACUAUUCGAAACCACAGAACUUUGAAGUGCCUAAAGCGCACGAUGUUGGGCUAUCCAUGAGACGAGGCAGUCUCAGCGCUCUUCUAGUGCCGGUGGUCCACAAUCCCAGACAUUUCCAUGGGGUCUUGCCUUGGGGUGGCCUAUUGGAAAAGUUUGGUUGAGAUACUAUAGCCCCCGACCCAACACCCACUCAAUUAUUGGCCUCUGAGCAAAGCGUUCUAUUCAGUUACGUUCAGACAUGAUAUAAGACACUAAAGCAAAAGAAAACGAUUUAAUUUAACCUUAACGUUUUAACUGAAAAGUAAAAGAGAUCCAAACCAAGCCCUAGCCAAUCCGGUAUUCAAAUGUAACUACUAUAUUCUCUUUUAUUUGGUUGACACACCGAGUGGCAGCGGUAGAGGGAGUCGUCGGUAUUACUUGCCAAUUGUUCAGCACACGAAGCAACCGAAAUCUUGGCAGUCAGUAACUAUCAAUAAGUACUUAUAACAUAUAGACAGACACACAACUAUGAGAGCGGGCCAGACGAGAAACUGGCUAAUGCUAUAUAUGCAGAUCAUAUUUCAAUAUAGUGACUAACAAUUGAGUAAACAAACAUGCUUCAAA